AUGGGUGCAUCUUCAACUGCAGCUGCAACAACAACUUUUUCUGGAACUACAGUUACUGCAAGAUCUCGUUUAGGAAGACCCUUAAGGCCAUGUGGUGACUGUACUUGUUCUCCAGGCCUUUUAUCUAGACAAAAUAGAAGAUCCUCUCUUUUCAUGAAAAGAAUGGAAAAUAAUAGAUAUUUGAGUUCUACAACCUCAAAGAGAAGUAACACUUCAACUUCAACUUCGCUAUCUACUAUCACAGCCACAGGAGAAAGAUUUACUGAUACUGUUUCAAUUUAUUCCUCAGAUUCAUUGUGCCAAACGACAAAGGAAAUCAACACAUCUAAGAGAUUAUUAGAAUUGAGAAAACUAAUGGCAAAACAUGAUUUGGCCUGUUAUAUUGUUCCUAGUGAAGAUGAACAUCAAUCUGAAUAUGUAGCCCUUGUUGAUCAAAGAAGAGCUUUUAUUUCUGGAUUUUCUGGAUCUGCUGGUGUUGCCUGUAUUACAAGAGAUCUUCUAAAUUUUAAUCCAGAUAGAUAUGAAGGGAAAUCAGUUUUGUCCACAGACGGCAGGUACUUUAAUCAAGCCUCUCAAGAGUUGGAUUUCAAUUGGUCUCUAAUUAGGCAAGGUGUUGAUAAAAUUACUUGGCCAGAAUGGUGCAUAAAAGAAUGUUCAGAAAUGGCAUUAGGGUUGUCCUCUGGUGCUGUAGUGAAGAUUGGUAUUGACCCUAAAUUGAUCUGUUUUGAAGCUGUUUUGAAUUUACAUAAAAUGAUUGAUAGCGAAAAUAAAAGGAUUUCAUCGAGCGGAAAUAAAAUAGAGUUAUGUCCAAUUGAAGAAAAUUUGAUUGAUUUGAUGUGGGGUGAUUUUGAAGUCGUCCCAGAGAGACCAUGUAGUGACAUAAUUUUCUUAUCAGACCAGUAUUCUGGUGAAAGUUUCCAAUCUAAAAGGAAAAGACUAAUAGAAGAAUUAUCUAAAUUGGAUGCUGGUGAUAAGGAUGGUCAAAAAAAUAGUAAAACGAAAGAUUCAAAACAUGGGAGGACUUUUGUAGUUGUUGCAUUAGAUGAAAUAUGUUGGUUGUUAAAUUUAAGAGGAUCAGAUAUUGAGUACAACCCAGUAUUCUUUUCAUAUUGUUUAAUUAAUGAUAAAGAAACAAUCUUAUUUACUAAUAAUAAAUUUAAUGAAGACAUCCAAAAAUAUUUUGAUGAAAACGAUAUCCAGGUAAAAGCAUAUGAAUCAUUCUGGGACCAUUUAAAAACUACUGUAUUGUCCAUUAAAAAUGAAAAUGAUAAUGAUAAUUCCACGAAUACACAUAAUUUCUUAAUACCAGAUACUUCCUCAUGGCAAAUCUUACGUCAUGUUAUAAACACUGAUUACAAAGUUAUUCAUUCACCAAUUGAUUAUUUCAAAUCUGUUAAGAAUUCAAAUGAAAUAAACAAUGCGCAUAAGGCCCAGGUGAAAGAUGCACUUUGUAUUAUUCAAUAUUUUGCAUGGUUAGAACAUCAGUUAGUUUUUAAGGAAGCAUUAAUUGAUGAACACAAAGCUGCUGUUAAAUUAGUUGAAAUUAGAAAAACACAAAAAAAUUUCCAAGGAAACUCUUUCGAAACAAUCUCUUCUACCGGUGCCAAUUCUGCUAUUAUUCAUUAUGCUCCACCAAUUGAAGGUUCUUCAAUGAUUGAUCCAUCAAAAAUAUAUUUGUGUGACACAGGUUCUCAGUUUUUGGAAGGUACAACAGAUAUUACAAGAACGUUACACUUUACAAAACCAACUCAAGAACAAAUUGACAACUAUACCUUAGUCUUAAAGGGUAACUUAGCCUUGGAGAGAACUAAAUUUCCUAGAGGUACUACUGGUUACAAUUUAGAUGCCAUUGCAAGACAAUUUUUAUGGUCACAUGGGCUUGACUACAGACAUGGUACAGGGCAUGGUAUUGGAUCUUUCUUAAACGUUCACGAGGGUCCUAUAGGGAUUGGUUUCAAACCACAUUUAGUUAAAUACCCAUUAGAGGCAGGGAAUAUCAUUAGUAAUGAACCUGGUUAUUACAAAGAUGGUGAAUAUGGUAUUAGAAUUGAAAAUGACUUAUUAGUCAAGGAAUGCGAGCCAGAAUUGAAAUUUGGUGAUAUUCCAUUCCUAGAAUUUGAAAAUAUCACUAUGGUUCCAUAUUGUAGAAAAUUAAUUAAUGUCGAUAUGCUAACUACUGAAGAAAGGGAACAAAUUAAUAACUAUAAUAGAAAGAUAUGGAACAAUUUAGUUCAAUAUAUGCAACCACAAUCAAUUACUUAUAAAUGGUUGAAGAGGGAAACAGCAGUUUUUUAA